AGGCACUAAAUGUUCAUGUGAAGACUGCAGUGAUAGGACUCUUAGAUGUGGAACUUGGGUGGUUUAAAACGAGUUUAGGAAUCUCAUACUCCUACUUUUAAUACAGAACAACGCAUCAAACAGUCACUGUUCACAAUCUUCUAUUCCUAGGUCAUCUCCUACAAUCGAGGAUGGUAUGGACUCUGUCUACAACUCUGAACUCACUUUUUCACCCAAACUAAACGAAGCAAGCUUGAAAUUAGCAGAAAAAGCAGCUCACAAGUGGAGAAGCCGUGCUCCAGAAAUACGGAAAUCUCGAGAAAGGGCCCUUGUUGCUGAAGCUAAUGCAGCAUUUACUUUUCAUCCAACAAUGAAUAGUAAGAGUCAAAAAAUAAUUUCAAGGAUACGCAAGCAUGACGAUCACGAUCAAGAUAAUGAAUACAAAGGAUCUAAUGUUCAGCUUUCCUAUGAGCAAGGAGAUUAUUCUUCCAACACUGUUCAUUCAUCCGAUGAAAGCAUGAAUCUUUCAUCCCGUGAACCAUCAUUCGAGACAGCAUCUGUUCAUGUUGCUCAAGAAGCUGAAAAUUUCAUUCAAGAAGUUUUAUCAUCAUGCAAAGGAGAGAUAUCUAGUGAUGAAGAAGAUGAACCAGAGCAAGAAGACAAAAGAACAGAAAAGCCAAAAGAAUUAUCCCCUGCGCAAGAGGAGUUACCUAAACCACUUCCACGUAAAAUGCUCAAUCUUCCAAGGUCAUUGCCGUAUAACAAUGCUGACUAUUUAUUUAAGAUCAGAUGUGCUAAGGAAACGGCUUUAGAUGCUAUUCGUUUGAAAAGAAUUUUCACUAUAUUAGGGCCAUAUCCUUAUUUGCGCAGAGCUCUGGUAAAAAGGGGAUGGGUUGAAAAAUUUAGUGACCAUAGUUGUCAACCAAUACUUGGUUCUCCACAAGCGAUACGGCCUAGGCCCGCCAAAAAGAAGAAAAGAGCCUCAGUUAAAAAGAAGAUUUCUGAAGUUCCAAACUCCUCUGAAAGUGAAGACUCAAGCUCAGAUUGUGAAGAUAGUGACCCAAGAAAUGACCCAGAAUUCCACCGUAUUGUGUCAAGACUUUUGAAAGAUAUUUCUCCAACUUUCAUAUGGACCAUAAAAAGAGAUGAUAUAGACUUUAAAUACCUUAACCGAGAGCAAAUAGUUAACCAUUACUGCAAAGCGUCUUCUUUUACAACAAAGAUUGGACUUUGUCAACAUCUAAGGAGUUUACCUUGGUUUGAUGCCAGUGAUCCCAAUGAAUUUUUCCCCAGGUGUUAUCAACUCUACAGCGAAGAAGACAGAGGCGAUUUUAUUGAAGAUUUUGAAAUCUGUGCCUCACUAUCCAUUCUAAAAACGUAUUGCAAACAGUAUGAGGAGAACCUUAAAAAGGAAGAACUAUCAUCAAGUCAGGCUGAAUCUGACAAAGACGAUAUCCCUGUUGUAGAUGCUGUGAACUUGGUGCCACUUUCCGCUAUCACUUUAGCUACAAAUCACCUGAAAUUUGUUAUAAGAAAAGUUCAAAACGAGUUUUUAGAUUUCCCACCUGAUCCAAAAGACGAGAUGAGUCAUUUUAAAAGAAAGCAGCUUCUUGGAUUCUCGUAUUCGUUGACAUCAAAAGAUUUUAUAUUUGGAUCUUUUGAUAAAUCCACUCAUGCUCUGGUUACAGGAAUGAUAGAAGUGUUUGAAGUGAUGAACUUAACUCAAAACAGUAUUGAUGGGCAUACCAACACUUGGAUAAUGAAACCAGGAGCUAAAUCGAGAGGGAGGGGGGUAGUGCCCCAAAACAACUUAGAUGAUAUUUUCAAACUUGCAGACAGUUCAAAAGAGGAAAAAUGGGUGAUCCAAAAGUACAUUGAGAGACCUCUUCUCGUGCAUAGUAUUAAGUUCGAUAUAAGACAAUGGUUUAUGGUCACCGAUUGGAAUCCUCUAACCUUAUACUUUUACCAGGACAGCUAUCUCCGUUUUGGUUCACGUGCUUUCACUCUUGACGAUUUUGAUCCUUGCAUACAUCUUUGUAAUAAUUCUAUCCAAAAGAAGUUCUUAUCUUCUCAGACAAAAAACGAAACUUCUUUCGCCCAAGGAAACAUGUGGACAAGUAGUGCAUUCAAAAAGUAUCUUGAUAGACAAGGUCUCCUCCACAAAUGGGACGAUACUAUAUAUCCAGGGAUGAAGAAAUCUAUACAAAUGGUGAUGAUGACGAUACAAGACAUAAUUGAGGACAGGAAAAACUCUUUUGAGCUGUAUGGUGCUGAUUUUAUGCUAGAUGAAGAGUAUAACCCGUGGCUAAUAGAAAUAAACUGUAGUCCUGCUAUGGGAGGCACUACUAAAGUCACUGAACGGCUGUGCUCUGAGGUUCUUGAUGAUUGUUGCAAAGUUAUCAUUGACAAGCGAGAAAACCGCUCAGCUUCAACAGGAAAAUGGGAAAUUAUCUACAAACAACCUCUGGUUACCGUUCCACCAUACAUCGGCGUUCAGCUUGCUCUGGAAGGAAAGUAUGUUCCCAAACCUACCCCUAUAAGAAAGAAACUACAAGCUGAAGCUGACAUCGACCGGCUUGCCAAGAAAGUGAAAUCUCCGCGUAAACCCCAACCUGAAGUGAUUGUAUCACCUCGGAAACCACACGUUCAGAAACAAGAGCUGAAAAGCAGCAAGAUAGUGGGAAUCACGGUAGCUGAUGAAACCCAGUGUAACAUGAACUACAACACACUGGUUUGCAAACACUCUAAGAAAUACGACACUGAGUUCUACACCACUGCUCUUGCUCUCAGCAAGGCACCCUCCACUGAACUCAAAACAUCAACAUCUGUCCCAUCCUCCCUGCCCGUUUCACCGACCAAGCAGGUUGAGGCGUCUAACUCCACCACAGCUCUGCCUAGCAUUCCAACAAUUGUCGCCACACAGGAGAGAUCCUCGCCACAUCUAUCCUCCCUGUCCAUCAGUCCCAUCUCGUCUACCCUACAGAACGAAGACAAGUGGACCGUUAAAAGGAAGAAGGGUCCUCCUAGUCGUGUCGUCUCCGAGUUGAUACCUCACCAAAUAAACCCUUACAGGUUGCAACAGAUCAUCAGUAGGCAGGCCAAGCCUAAACAUUUGGAUAUGCUUGCUCUUCAAAACAGGUAUUCGCAUGGUAAUGUUGGCUCAGUUGCGGUGUUAGAUGUGAAACCAAAACGUCGGACUAAAAUGGCCAUGUCAAAAAAGAAGGUAGCUAAAAUCAAGUCCCUCUCUAAAAUGUCGAGCUGUCCGCACUGCGAGACGAAGAGUCAGACAGGUAUUAUCCUGAACUUACUGAAAGCAGGAUCUCCGAACAGCUGUAAACCUAACCUUGUCACCAAGAAAACCGACCUAACCAUCCAAAACCAGAGGCCCAAGAAACACUUUCGAGUUUCGUUAAGCCAGGUGUCAACGAUGUCUCAAAGUGUUGUAGAUAUUCAGCAGACUGGAUCGUCGUUGAAGAUCGUCGGGGAACAGACUUCGAGUUAGGGUUUGUUGGGUAUCUUUAGUUUUUACAUUUUAGGUUUAACGUUAAUUAUAGAUUUAUUGUCGUUCAAGCGAUUUUAUUUUGAUGAAAAUCAGAGAGUCGACCAUGUUAUCCAAUUUGAGAUUAAAUCGUGUUAAAGUAUUUCGAUCGGUUCUGAAAGAAAUUCACGGAAUUAAUAUUGAGUUCUUCACGGUAUACAAGUAUUAUAACAAACAAGUUUGUCAUAAUAUAUAAUCAUAUAUGUUACGAUCUAUUCAAAGAUUUAAGUUUAAUUAUAUAUCACACCAUCGCAUUAUUAGAAAUUUUAAGUCAGAAGAUUGCAUACUAUUCACUUUUUAUUUAUUGAAUGUAAUAAUUCUUCUCUAAUAUGAUUAAUAAGUUAUUCUGAAAAAUUUUUAAAUUGAACUCUGAAUCAACAGUUCAUUGCAUGAAUUUUACAAACAAGGGGUAUACUAGGAAUUUAGGAGAUUAGUAUUAUCAUUACCGCCACUUGAAAGAUGAUUCGGGUAAUUUUGCUUAAAUUGAUUAAAUUAAUUUAUUCCAGGCUGGAGUUCAGUAUCAAAGCCGUAAGGUUACUUUACUUAAGUAACCUUUACUUACUUUACUUAAGCCUAGCACAUUGCUCGCCGGGUGUUAAAUUCAUUGAUACUUUGAUUUAUAGAUUAUUAAUAACGUAUUAAUAAUGGAUAACUAAGCUCUUUUGAGAAACGAAUCACUUUUAUGUACAAAGAUGUGUAAAUAUUUAAAUGAGAAAUUGUAUGUAAAUAUUAAGUUCGAAAUGAAAUGUGUAUAUAUAAAUAUAGAAAUGUACAAAGUUUUUCUUAACAAGUUACUUUAGUAACAGAGUGUUAAAACAAGUCGAUUCAUUGCAAAUUCUGAUUUGAACUGUGAUCUUAUAAUACA